CUGUUUUCCUCGGCGUCCGCCUCCGGCCUCCGCCCCCUCCUCGCCGCCGCCGCCUCCCCCGGCGCCCCGACCCCGCGCCCAGCCCCGGGCCGCGCGGUGCCAUGCUGCCCCGGCCGCGGCGCUGAAGGAUGGCGACGCCUGUGCCCCCGCCCUCCCCGCGGCACCUGCGGCUGCUGCGGCUGCUGCUGUCCGGCCUCGUCCUCGGCGCGGCCUUGCGCGGUGCGGCCGCCGGCCGCUCCGAUGCAGCCGCCUGUCCUGGGAGCCUGGACUGUGCCCUGAAGAGGCGGGCACGGUGCCCCCCAGGUGCACAUGUCUGUGGGCCCUGCCUCCAGCCCUUUCAGGAGGAUCGGCAGGGGUUCUGUGUGCCCAGGAUGCGCCAGCCUCUGGGGGAGGGCUUGCACCAGCCCAGACUGGAAGAGGAGAUCGACUUCCUGGCCCAGGAGCUAGCCCGGCAGGAGGCGGGGCGCCCCAGGCUCAAGGCCCCACCCCAGCUUGAGGCACAACAGCGGCCCCCAGAGGCGGCGGCCACCCUGGGGCUUUCAGAGCGAGGCCAGGGACUCGACCUGGGCCUCCCCUCCACGCGGGGAGCCCCGGUGCCCACACCCCGCCCCUCCCUGGGCCCCGCUGUGUCGUCUGGGCCUGUGCACAUGUCCCCCCUGGAGCCGCGGGGCGGGCACGGUGACGGCCUCACCCUCGUGCUGAUCCUGGCGUGCUCCGUGGCAGGCGCGGCCGCGCUGGCGGUGGCGGCUCUCUUCUGGUGGCGGCUGCAGCAAGACAUCCGCCUGACACAGAAGGCGGACUACGCGGCCCCGCAGGCGCCCAGCUCCCCAGCUCCGCCGGGGAUCUCGCCCGGGGACCAGCGGCUGGCGCACAGUGCGGAGAUGUACCACUACCAGCACCAGAGGCAGCAGAUGCGAUGCCUGGAGCGGCAUAAAGAGCCUCCCAAGGAGUUGGACUCUGCCUCCUCCGACGAGGAGAAUGAAGACGGCGACUUCACGGUGUACGAGUGCCCGGGCCUGGCCCCAACGGGAGAGAUGGAGGUUCGGAACCCAUUGUUCGACCAUGCCUCGCUGUCCACGCCCCCGCUGCAGUAACCUGAAGGCUGACGCCCACCCUCUCGAGGACGUGAUGCACACUGGUGGGGAGGGGCAGGGGGCCCGGCUUUUCCCAUUAAAGAGAGGGUGUCCUGAUGCGCGCCUGCUUGUGGCUGGGGCCUCAGCGGCUAGGAACCCCUCGCAGGGCAGACUCCUGCCUGACUGUGCCCCCUUGUUGCACCUGUCCUAAGUGUGGAACCCCCCCCCCCAAUCGAGGGGAGGAGGAGAACCCUAAAGACCAGGCAUGGAUUGGUAAUACUGGAAACAAGCCAAUUAAAGUACAUUUCAAAACUUUG